GCUGCCGCGGAUCUGCCGCGGUUGGAGGAGCUGCGGGAGGACGAGCUGCAGCCGGGCUUCCGGAAACAGGUGGACGCCUUCUGCCGGUACAUCUGGGAGAAGGCGCCGGUGAAGGAGUUGCCAGGCGGGCGCCGGGUGACGGGCAUCAUGCUGGCUUCCCUGGUGGAGAAAUAUGUGGCUACCAUUGUGAAAGGUGAAGUGCCUUGUGUGGAGAGCACAGUGGCAGCACUGGCAAGGACCGAGAACACCGCGGCAGUGGCAGCAGCAGUGGCUGAGUACCAGAAGGGCAUGGAGCAGGACCUGGUGCUGCCCACGGACUCGCGUGCCACUCUGGUGGAUGUGCACCGGCACUGGGAGCGCCGUGCUGUCACCCUUUUCCUGUCCCGUGCCUUUGCUGACAACGAGCGCACCUACCAGUGUCAGCUGAUGCGAGAGCUGGAGGCGGCCAAGGAGGAGUUCUGCCGGCGCAAUGAGGAGGCAUCAGAGCAGCGUUGCCAGGCGGUGCUGCAGGAGCUGUGGCAGGAUGUGAAGCACCGUCUGGAGUGUGGGGACUACGCGGCACCAGGUGGUGCACAGCUGUUCCAGAAUGAUCUGUGCUGCGUGCUGGAAGGCUACCAGUGGUGGCCUGAAAAGGGUGUUAAGGCAGAUGCAGUGCUGGAGGUGUUCCUGCGGGAGCGUGAGCCGCUGGCACAGGCGUUGCAUGCAGUCGAUGCUCGCCUGGUGUUGAUGGAGCGACAGCAGGAGGCAGCAGCAGCCAAGGAGGCAGCAGCCAGGGAGGCAGAGGCAGCGUGCCUGAAGGAGCAGCAAUACAGCCUGGAGGAGCACUGCAGGCAGCUGGAGCAGCAACUGCUGGAGGAGCAGCGCCUGCGGCUGAAGGAGCAAAACCGCAUGCUGGAGCACCACCUGAAGGAACAUCAGACACUGAUGGAGGAGGGUUACAAGCAUGAUGCAGAGAAAAUGCUGCUGCAGGUUGAGCGGCUGCGGAAGGAGAAGAGGAGCACUGAAAACCAUGCAUGGAUCAUCUCGGCUGUGGGCCUCCUGGUCAAUGUGGCUUCACUCUUUCUGCCCGGCGUGGUCGGCAAGGCAGCAGGCAUUGUAGGCAACGUAAUUACGCGCAUGCUGUAGUCCAGCCACCUGUCCGUGCGUCCUGGUUUCAGCUGCGAUGGCGUUGAAUUUUCCUUCAUUGUGUUUGGUAUUAUACGUUUGGGCUUUAGGAGAAAAACAAUAUUGAUAACUAACUGAUGUUUUAGUUGUUGCUGAGCAGUGCUAUACAGAGCCAAGGACAUCUCAGUUUCUCCUACUGCCCUGCCAGUGAGGAGGGCUGUGGGGGAUGCAAGGAGUUGGGAGAGGACAGAAUUGAGAUACCUAACCUGAACUGGUCAAAGGAAUAUUCCAUACCAUAUGAUAUGAACUCAAUAAUUGCUAAUUAUUAUGGGUUGUUUUUUUUUUUGCACAGAUAUUUCAGUGUUUUCUCAGAACUAUAUCACUUAGCACUUGCUAUUAUUUAUGUGUCUGUCACAUUGUUUACCAUCUUUAGAAGUUGGAUUGAAAUUGUCAUUUUCCUGUGCUUUGUGAUCUUGGCUUACAAUAUGAUAAAACUGCUGAUUGGGAACUAA